GAGGAGGACGCCGGCGGUGUCGCUCGUGCAGAAGGAGCCGUCAGCUGUGCGUGGUGUCGGGUCUCGUCACGGCCGCGGUUCAAAAAUAAAGAGCGACAAAAGAGAAGAGUACGGACUCUGCACCAGGCCGGGACAUGGACAACAGUAAACGGACGGUGGUCGUCACAGGUUUUGGACCAUUUGGAGAGCACGCGGUCAACUCCAGCUGGGUCGCAGUACAGGAACUGAAGAAGCUCGGACUCGGCGGUGAAGUGGACUUGCAUGUGUACGAGGUUCCUGUAGAGUACCAGACAGUCCAGAGUUUGGUUCCUUCGUUAUGGAAGCAGUAUCAUCCACAGUUGGUAGUUCAUGUUGGAGUCUCGGGCAUGGCCACGACCGUCACGCUGGAGAAGUGCGGCAGAAAUCAUGGCUACAAGGGUCUGGACAACAGCAGCUUCUGUCCGGAUUCGCAGUGUUGCAUUGUGGGAGGCCCAGACUGCAUCAACUCUGUUAUUGACAUGGAAUCGGUCUGUAAGAGAGUGACCGCCUUGGGGCUGGGAGUAGCUGUCUCUGUCUCCAAAGACGCCGGAAGAUAUCUCUGUGAUUUCACCUACUACACGUCUCUGUACCUGAGCCACGGUCGCUCUGCCUUCGUCCAUGUGCCUCCUCUCGGAAAGCCUUACAGCGGGGAGGACCUGGGCCGUGCGCUGAAGGCCAUCGUCCAGGAGAUGCUGGAGCUUCUUGACCAGGCUGAGGAGAAGAUACACUGCCAGCAGCACUUCCACUAAGUGACCUCCAGAUGCCAACCAGCCUCUCCAGCACUCACCACACAAGAGAAAUUGCACUUAACCACAAGUAGCCAAACUUCUUCUUCUUCUUCUUUUUUAUUUGGACAAAAUGAAAACUUCAGUAUAUGGAAUGUUUUCAGUGUUUGCUCGUCCUUGUCUUAGGUUUUUGCUUAUUGUUUUGCUAAGCCUGUUUCAGUUAUGUUUAACAGUCUCCUGAUGACAAGAUAAAAUUUUGUAGCAUACGUAGCAUUGAAGUGCAAGUGUUUCUCCUGGUUCCAAGGAACAUGAAACAUUCAGACCUUGGAGUUUAAAAUAUGGGAAUCACUGUAGGUCCACCAAGAAAACACAGCAGCAAAGUGCUGCUCAUAUUUGUUCAUAUGCAGUUAAGAUACAGUUCCAGAAGCUCUGUAAUGUGGCAGAUAUAAUAGCCUAUUACCCCAAAAGUGACUACUAUUAUUGCACCUUAUAUGGUUAGGGUUAUUGAAUUGGCUAUAAAAAGUCACAUUUGGGGAAACUGUUAAAUGUACUAAAACAUUAUUUGACCUUUGUAAUGCUUCAUCCUCAGAGUUUCACUGUGUCUCACUAUGUUUCAGUCAACAGGCGUGUACACCUGAAUGUCUAUAUACAGUAUAGUUAAUGUACACGAUACAUUAAGUAGAAAUGUUUAGCAGUAAACUGUUUGCUAAUGUCAGUUUCCUUCAGAUAUUGUUUUCUAGCUUCUCUAAAGCCUAACUGCCGUUUCACAUUUUAUGUUGAAUUGUUUCUUGGGUGCUUUUUCUUUAUAAGAAGUUGUAAAUUUGCCUUCUUUUACUAAGGUUAUUUAAAAUCAGGGAACGGGUUGGUUCCAGCUCAUUUUCCCCCCAGUUUGUUGGCCCAAUUCUGACAGAAAAAAAACUAAAACGAAUUCACCUCGCUGAGGUCUGGCCCCUGGCUCUGCAAUUAUGUUAUUUUAGUAAAAGUUUAAGUCUGUCCAUUUAUAGGAGAUGUAUCACAACUCUGUUGUGGCUGCACAAUUAUUUGAGAAAAAUAUUGACCAUUGCUGUUAUUACUAUGAAUUGCAUUCAACAGAAGAAUUCUUCUUAGUGAGCUGUGUGUCAAAUGGUGCACACACAGCUUACAGAUGGAACUGUUUUUUUUUUUCUUCCUCAAACUGUUUUAAAAGCGGGGCGGAUGUGGCUCUGGAUGUAGAGUCGAUCAUUCCAGCUUCCCCCAGUCCGCAUGCUGAUGUGUCCUUGGACAAGACACUUAACUCUUAAAUGCCUCUGACGACUCUUCCGUCAGUGUAUGAAUGUGACAGAAAAAGUGUGGUCAAAAGCAGCGCUGUGUGAAUGGGUGACUGUGACUUGUAAAGCGCUUUGAGUGGUGGAUAAGACUAGAAAAGCGCUAUAUAAAUAUAGUCCAUUUACCACAUGUCCUUUGUUUAAUUUGCUACGUUGCAAAUUGCAAAAUCCAGGCUGUUCUAUUUUCUGUAAUUGUGCAGCCCAACUCGUUUAUAGCUGAUUAAAGCUUUCCGUUUUUCCCUGCAUUGAAUCAGGUGUCACUGAGGAUUUGAUUCGAUAAAGUCUUUAGACUCUCAGUUCAGUCAGAGUUGGGCCUGGACUUUUAUUUCUGUAGCACUUUCUUUGUUUUACACUUUUACUUAAUCUGGAAUUUGAACAGCAUUUUAAAAAAACAAAAGGUGUUUAUUUUCAGUCACUUUAACUUGAAAUAUGUAGCUUUCCAGACACACAAACACACACACACACACACACACACACACACACACACACACACACACACACACACACACACACGUAUCCAUCCCAUUUUAAUUCCCCCUCCCCAUGAAUUAUCAUUAUGCAUGUGUGGUAUGCUUUCUAGGUGAUUAAUGCUUUAUUUUCCUGAGCUUUGGAUUGUUCUGAUGUGUUAAAACAAACAGCAGCAUAUUAUUUCAUUGCCUGUGACGGUGCCACUCCAGGUGUAAAUGUUCUGUUUUGUCUUUUUUUUUUUUAAUGGUCUAUUUCACUAUGUACAUCAGCAUUUCCCUUGCUCCUAAGCCGUUGCUAAGGACUGCCCACAACACCUACUGUAGCACAGCUUCAGUUUUAUGUUUCAGCAGAAAUUGUACAUUUUGCUGCAACAUCACAAAAACAAAAAACUAGCAUCUUGGAACAGUGAACUGAUCAGGAUUUAACGUCAUCUCAGACUUAAGUUUUAUCAUGACCUUUGACAUUCACCUUAUAUCUCAGCUAUGUGGUUUCAAACUCUGUGGAAUUAUGUAAAUGAUGGGCAGCUUUUAAGAUCUGACUUUGCAGGUGCUGAUAUUUUACUGUGUGGCUUUACGAGCGCCGAGGCGUGAAAGAGUCGUGGAGCGGCUGUGCCUGAGAUGUCUGCUCUCAAAUGUGAAAGCCUCAAGUUUACAUAUGAGGUGACCUCUGACCCUGACUUUUUCCUGUGCCUUGCGGUUGUUUAUGUGUGUUAUGAGGCCUUAAAAAUGCUCAGCAGGUCAGUUCAAAGAUGUAUUUACUGAUGCUGUCCAGUCAGAUGUGUGGCUACCUCAAGAAUACUUUUUGUUUUAUCUUGGUGUGUGCUCUGUUGUUCAAUAACAUAAUGGCUCUGUGAUUUAUUGUGAGUUCCUGUGUUUAGGGAGUAUCCUCUGAAAAGGUGUCGUUUUCUGCUUCUGACAUUAACAAAUCACUGUUACAAUAAAGUAAUCUUAGCUUUGUAAAACGUAAAGCUUUGAAGUAAAGAGAAUUAAAGGAUCACUAGUUA